AUGUAUCAUGUUCUCCUAUCUGAAAAAGAGACGAGGAAAGGAUUAGCUGACAGUCUCCAAGGAACAACAGGAGAGUUGUCGGAGACAAAGUCCGAUGAUUCUAAUUUAAUCUCAGAAAAGGAGGAGGAGGAGGAGGAGACAGUGGAAGGACUUGAUGAAACUCCUGAGGAAUUUGCCCGGAUCCUCUUUGUUGCAAAUCUCUCUCCCCAAACUGAAACUUCAGAUAUCAUUGAUUUCUUCAAAGAUGUCGGACAAGUCGUGCGUGUUCGCCUUGUGCCAAACUGGCGGGGCAAGCAUGUGGGUUAUGGUUUUGUUGAAUUUGCUUCUUCUAACCAAGCAAAGAUGGCGCUGGAAAAGAAGAACCGUCAAUAUUUGAAUUAUAGCAAGAUUAUUCUAGAUGAAGCUCCCGAUUUUGUUGAGGAAGCUGCCGUACCAAUAAAGACUCUGUUUAUUGCCGGUUUCUCUCGCCAUUCAACUGAAAUAUCAGAUAUCAUCGACUUCUUCAAAGAUGUUGGACAAGUUGUUCGUGUUCGACUUGAUAUCAACCACAGAGGCAAGCUUGUUGGCUGUGGCUAUGUUGAGUUUGCUUCUGCCAACCAGGCAAAUAAGGCCCUGCAAAAUAACAAGGGUGAAUAUUUGCACGAUCGCAAGAUUUUUCUUGCUGAUUGCAGUGGAGCUAGUUUCCUUCCACCCAAGUUUUGUGUAGACCACAAGGUUUGGUACGAAGAAGAAGAUUACCUUCAAGAAGAAAGCCUUCCGUUAGACUCUAUCCAAGAUGUGGCGGCAAUGGAAGAAGAGCCUGACGAAACUCCCCAUUCUGCUAAUAAGGAAGUACUCCUUAUUGCCAAUCUUUCUCCCCAAACAACUAAAACAGAACAGAUCAUCCGUUUCUUCGAAGAUGUUGGAAGUGUUGUUUCUGUUCGCCUUAUUGUAGACCACGAGUGUAAGUAUGUGGGCUAUGGCUUUGUUGAAUUUGAUUCUUCUUACGAAGCAGAGAAGGCUCUGAAAGAGAUGAAUGGUGAAUAUUUGCAUAAUCACAAGAUUCUGUUGAUGAGAGGACUUGAUGAAACUCCCCAUUCUCUUGAGGAAGCUGCCACUGUAAGAAAUAAGACGCUCUUAGUUGCCAAUCUCUCUAGUCAAACCAAAAUAUCAGAUAUGUGAGUAGGACCUCAAAUUACCACGGGGGAAUUUUGUUCGUGACUUAUAUUUUGUUCUCCCUUUUUACAGCAUCAAUUUCUUUAAAGAUGUUGGAGAAGUUGUUCAUGUUCGACUUAAUGUAGACAGCGUCUUAUUCAUGUCCGAACUAAGAGUUUCUGAGAAAAUACAUACCCCAACUUUUACUGCAUGUCAAAAUAUACCUUCACUAAUCAAAAAUUUGAAAUUCAUGUCUGAACUAGGGGUCGAUAAACAAAUACAUAUCUCAACUCUUAUUGCAUGUCAAAACAUACCUUAACUAAUCAAAAAUUUGAAAUUUAUGCCUAGUCUUUAGAAGUCAACUAUAAUCCUAAUCUAUACUAUUAUUUGCAAAGUAAUUUUUUGCAACGGAGCUCUCACGUUAAAAAUUAGAGUGCCUAAAGUCUAUGUUACCCUUAAUGAAUUUUUAUAUAUAUUCUAUUAUAUAAUAAAAUGAAUUUUAUUUGUGAAAUAAUUUUUCGCAAUGGAGCUCUCACGUUAAAAAAUUAGAGUGGCUAAAGUCUAUGUUACCCUUAAUGAAUU